UGGGCUGCAGACUCUGCCGGGCCGCUCCUGCUCCUCUCUCAGUUCCGGGGCUGAAUGAGUUUUCCUUUUUUACUCUGUUCAUUUAGCGCAUUUCUGGCUUUCCACAAUGGCCUCCAGCAACACAUACAGACUGAGCUGCUCCAUUCCGGGCCAUGAGAUGGACGUGAGGGGUCUAGCGAGCACGUUUUUCCCUGAAGGAGCUUUCGUUUCUGUGUCAAGAGACAGAACCGCCAGAGUCUGGGUACCAAACUCCAGUGAAAAUAGGGGUUACAAGGAGCUGCACUGUAUGAACGGCCACACGAACUUCGUUUCUUGUGUCUGCAUCAUUGCCCCCAACGAAACCUACCCCAGGGGCCUUAUAGCGACAGGAGGCAACGACAACAUUAUCUGUGUGUUUUCUCUGGAUCGACCAGACCCUCUGUUCACCCUGAAGGGACACACGAAUACAGUGUGUUCGCUGUCGGCUGGGAAGUUUGGAACGUUACUGAGUGGAUCGUGGGACACCACAGCCAAAGUCUGGCUCAGUGACAAGUGUAUGAUGACCUUACAGGGGCACACAGCAGCAGUAUGGGCAGCUGUUAUUCUACCCGAGCAGGGUCUUAUGCUCACAGGAUCCGCUGACAAGACUAUCAAACUCUGGAAAGCUGGCCGCUGUGAGAGAACAUUUUCAGGGCAUGAAGACUGUGUCCGAGGACUAGCUGUGGUCAGCAGUGUUGAGUUUUUCUCCUGUAGCAAUGAUGCCACCAUCAGGCGAUGGAUGGUGACAGGAGAAUGUGUUGAAGUAUACAACAGUCACACUAACUACAUCUACAGUGUGGCUGUCUUCCCCAGUGGACAAGACUUUGUAAGCACAGGAGAGGACAGGACAGUAAGGAUCUGGAAGAAAGGUGAAUGCACUCAGACCAUCCGUUUACCUGCCCAGUCAGUUUGGUGCUGCUGUGUUUUGCCAAAUGGAGACAUCGCUGUAGGGGCUAGCGAUGGCAUCAUCCGUAUAUUUACUGAGAGCGAGGAACGUUUUGCAAGUGCUCAGGACCUGCAGGCAUUUGAGGACGAGCUCUCUAAAGCUACUAUUGACCCCAAGACUGGAGACCUGGGGGACAUCAAGAUAGAGGACUUGCCUGGCAGAGAACAUUUGAAUGAGCCAGGGAAUCGGGAUGGGCAGACACGACUCAUAAAGGAAGGCACUAAUGUAGAGGCAUACCAGUGGAACAUGAGUGAUGGGCGCUGGUUGAAGAUCGGAGAUGUGGUGGGAGGGUCAUCCAAGGAGAGCUCCAAGAAAGUAAUGUAUGAGGGAAAGGAGUAUGAUUUUGUUUUUACCAUUGAUGUGAAUGAGGGGGGGCCCUCUAUGAAGCUGCCCUAUAAUGUGAAUGAAGAUCCCUGGCUGACAGCCCACAACUUCCUGCAAAGAAAUGACCUGAACCCCAUGUUUCUGGACCAGGUGGCUAACUUCAUCAUCGAGAACACUAAAGGCCAUACAAUUGGACCAGCUCCGGCCUCUGCUGUUGACCCAUUCACAGGUUCGGGGCGCUAUAUCCCUGGGGCACCAGACAGUAGACAGGGCUUUGGCACAGACCCUUUUACUGGGGCUGGGCGUUACAUACCUGGAUCAGGAACAACAGGCACAACACCUGCAGGCAUAGCUGACCCCUUUACAGGUGGUAGUGCCUACUCCUCAGCUGCUUUCCAGAAGUCUGUCACAAAUAUUUACUUCCCCAAAACGGACGGAGUCAUGUUUGAACAGGCCAAUCCUACACAGAUUCUUGCUAAGCUGCGGGAGCUGAAUGCUAAUGCUCCUGAGGACCACAGGCUAACUGACGGGGUUCUUGACAACCUAGAGAAGCUACUGCUCACAGUCUCUGAUUCUAAGAGCCAGGAUCUACCCACAGCAGAUCAGAUCAGCAUUCUCUGGAGGACCAGCCACUGGCCCGAAGACAUUGUCUUUCCUGUGCUGGACAUCCUGCGCCUGGCUGUGCGGCACCCUGAAAUUAAUGCGCAGCUCUGCGGAGGUACAGAUGGAGCUAGUCUAUGCAACCACUUGCUGGGCCUCAUGUCACCACAGGGCCGGCCAGCCAAUCAGAUGCUGGCCCUCCGCACCUUCUGCAACUGCUUCUCCGGAUCCCACGGUCGCUCUCUCCUCCUAGGCCAGCGUGAAGCCGUGCUGUCCCGAGCUGCGGACCUCCGAUCUGUCUGCAACAGAAACCUCCACAUAGCGCUAGCCACUUUGGUGCUUAACUAUGCAGGCAUACUGCAUGGACGACCGUCUGAGAUUGAAGCCAAGGCCCAGUGCUUGUCGGUGGUUAGUAGCGCCCUAGAAGUAGUGCAGGACAAGGAGGCUGUGUUCAGGCUGUUGGUUGCCCUUGGAACUACAGUGGCUGGGGACAAUACUGCCAAAGACCUGGCGCGUUCUCUGGGUGUCAGCUCGCAGAUCACAAAGUAUGCUAGUGUGUCUGAUCCAGCUAAAGUUGGCGAGUGCUGUCGGUUGUUGUUGGAUGAACUACAGUGAUUAUGCAAAUGAAGUGGGUGCUGUCAAAGACCACACAAAUCCUCCUAAAACUCCCUUAUAUGAUUGUCUCCUACUGCCACCACCCACCAUCCCCAAAUCCAUAGUUUCUAUUUAACUUGGUCUGCUUUCUGGUGAUGAAGGAGUUUGAAUGUGGAUGUGCAUGAUGUGAAUAAAACACUGAUGUAUAGUAAUCUUUCAUAAA